AUGGCGUCGGGGGAGGGCCAUAGCGAGGGAGCGGAGGGGCACGGGGCGCCGGGCCAGGGCGCGGGCAGUGCCAGCAAGGCGGAGGAGGAGGAGGAGGGGGAGGAGGGUGACGAUGUGAUCGAUGUCUCUCCCUCAGGCUGCUGCGCCUCGUCGCUGGCGUGCGUCCCAGCUGCAAAGUCCCAGCGGGCCAAGCAAAUGUACGUGUUUGACAACGUUUUCACCCUUUUGCCACGCUCUCUUCUGCAAUUCACGAGCCUCCGGGUCCUCAAGGUCUUCUCCAACGCCGCGCGCUACUUCCCCGACCUUGACGACAACUGCUUCCCCCAGUUGGAGCAGCUCCAGGUGAGGGCAUCUCCACUGGGACUGUCCAGCCUUUUGCCGCUUGGGAAAAUGCCCGCUCUCAAGACGCUCGAGCUCCACCAGCUUCCGCUCCGCCCCUCUGCGUCCUUUCUACCAGCCGAAAUUGCCAACCUCCAGGAGCUCCGACGGCUUUCGGUCUGUCACUUCUCAAUCUCGUAUCUACCACCAGAAAUUGGAUCUCUUCACAGCCUCCAGGAGCUGGACUUGUCGUUUAACAAGCUCAAGCUCUUACCCAAGGAAAUAUCCGGAUUGACAUCACUUAAAUCGCUCAAGCUCUCAAACAACAAGCUGGGGGAGCUUCCUUCGUCUAUUAGUACAAUGCUUUCACUGGCCACCCUUGAUGUUGGCCAUAAUAGACUAACUUCGCUCCUCACACUGGAUCUGCAAGCUAUGACUUCCUUGCAAGAACUAAAUGCUCAAUUUAAUAAGUUGCAAGCGACUGGAGAGAUUCCAACAUGGCUCAGGUGCAACUUUGAGGGUAACGAGUGGCUGCAAUUUUAUUCGGAGAGAAAAAAGGCUAAAGGAUCUAGGAACUCCGGCAAUCGGUCAAAGCUGGGAGUUGAAAGCAGGCGGUGCAAGACAUUGGGGUCUGCGAUACCUGAGGAGAUGGUGCUCCUGGAUUCUGGAAACUACCGGACUGUUGACAAGAGAGGAAGCGCAAACGAGCUUGGGGAAAGUACAGAUUUGCCGCUACAAAGCAAGCAACUAACAGUGACAGAGAAGGCUGGCACUCAUGCAGGUUCGACUCACAAGAGGCUUGGGCAUUGUCCUGUUGAAGGUAAUCCAAAGCCUAGCAAGCGUCGGAAGGCAGCUGAGAAGUUCUCUGAGGUGUCAUACAAGUACAGCAAAGAUUCUUUCUGUGGUUUCGAUGACCAUCUUGUGGAUGGUUUUUACGACGCGGGCAGGGACCAUCCUUUUCUUCCGCUGGAAGCCUUGGAAAAUGAGCAGUUCAGUUUCAACAGGCGCGAGGUUAUACUGGUCGACAGAACCAAAGACGAGGAUUUGGACGCGAUGGCUUCAUCCGCUAAACAACUGCUUGUUAGUCUUGGACCUGGCGGGGCAACAUUUGAGCAUGAUUGUUUGGGUGGGAGCGACAAGACGUUGAAUGUUAAAAUCAUGCGGCGCACUGCACUUGGUUCUACGUCAAGUAUGCCCUUCGUAUGUUCGUGCUGCGCAACAGGGCCAAGCGACAGUGGUGCCUCUUUUUCCGGUGCGCUUCCAAGCAUGCGUACACUCAGUGACGAAGCAAUAAGACAUGUUAAGCUUAAGAGGAACUCCAACGUAGUACCUUUGGGAUCAUUGCCUUAUGGCGUUUGUCGGCACCGGGCAAUACUCAUGAAGUAUCUUUGCGAUCGAUCGAGUCCCGUUAUUCCUUGUGAGCUAGUGCGGGGAUAUUUGGAUUAUAUGCCGCAUGCUUGGAACGUUGUUCUUGUUUGUAGGGGUGGUGUUAACGUCAGGAUGCUUGUCGACGCGUGUCGUCCUCUUGAUAUCAGGCUUGAAAGCGAUCCAGAGUAUUUCUGCCGGUACAUUCCAACCCGGCGGAUACAUGUGCAGCCUAGGGUGGUGGAGCUAGGCAGCGGGACGUUUUUGCCUCUGUUUUACGAGGAGAUUGGUUUUGGUGCCUCCGGUGCAGAGGUUAGGAAAUGCAGCGUUGGAGGUCAUACGGCUGCUGCAAAGAUCCGGCAGCUGGAUUCUACGGUUGUCAAAGAAUCAUCGGAUGGUGGGUGGCUCAGUGAGUUGCGCAUACACUGUAGCAUCGGAGAGCAUCCCAAUGUUGUCGCGUUCUAUGGUCAUCAGCUAUCUUUUGAAUCCGCUGCGUCGAAUGGCGCAAACAAAAAGCUGGACGCUCCUCAGCUGGUUAUAUUUAUGGAGUAUGUCAAGGGCGGGUCGCUAGACAAUGUUAUCACUCGCUUCUCAAAAGAUGGCUGCCUCUAUACACCGCCCCGAUUAGCAAUAAAUAUUGCUGAAAGUGUAGCUCAAGGUCUGGUUUGGCUUCACUCAAGGGGGAUCAUCCACCGUGACAUCAAAAGCAGUAACAUACUGGUAGAUUUGGAUUCUCCUGACAAUAGACCGGUAGUCAAGAUUUGUGACUUUGAUAGUGCCGUUCCUGUGGGUUCCUCGUCUAUCCACACCUGUUACUUGGCACAUCAUGGUCUACCCCUUACUGAUGUCUGCGUAGGCACUCCUCGAUGGAUUGCUCCAGAAGUGCUGGGUGCUAUGUAUACUCGUCAGCAGUACGGGCUGGAAGCAGAUAUGUGGUCUUUCGGCUGUUUCAUCUCAGAAUUGUUGACACUAAACGUUCCUUAUGCGGGAAUCGGGGACAAUGAAAUUCACAAUCACAUCAAAGCUGGAGAGAGGCCCUCGUUAACGUGGAAGCUUGAUGAGAUUGUCCUUGAGCCAGCCGUUGGCGGCGACAAAGAUUGCCUAGAUGCUUUGAUACGUCUGUAUGAGUCAUGCACAGAGCUUGAUCCUGGCAAACGGCCAACUGCACAAGAAGCUUUGUCGUCUUUACAGAAGCUGGUGGAAUGAGGAAGAUUCAUCAUCCGACCCCAAAAGGCAUUUCUUGUUGUCUUGCGAAAGGGAAUAUCGCACAGAUUGUUAUAUACAUUUGGAGGCUAUCAACAAUUGAAGUUGAAGCAAAGCAGGCAUCAAUGAAGAUGGAAAGGCAAUCAACCGAUGCGUUUGAUCCGCGAGCUGCCUUUGCUGCAAGGGAUACCCCGUUGGAUCCGAUUUAUGGGUCUAUAAAAGUUAGCUCUUUCAUAAGACGUGAGAAGACAAGCCAUGGAGGGAGGCGGCAGUAAGGUGGCCAAGUUUGCUCCCCGGGUGGAUAUGAUGGGAAUGAGCUUGCAAUCGUCAACAGCCAACAGGGCGGUAGUAGAUGUCCUCUUUGCGAUCUUGAAUCCUCACCCGGUGGAACUUAAGCUGGUGGAAGUUGAGUUUGCGUU